AUGGGCAGUGACAAGCACUGGGAAGUCGUUGGAGGUGCAGAGAAAGGAGGAAUUCUGGUCCGGGAGGGUGCCGAGCUGAAAGCCAAAGAGCUGCAACCGCGGCUUGGCGUAGGUGCUGUGGUGGAGCAAGUUGGUGAGCUGCACGGCGAACGACUAUGUUUUCGGAAGGUCUCUGGGGCUGGCCCGGAAUCUGGCUGGGUUAGCAUCCGUGUCAAAGAUAAGCAGCUGCUCAAGGAGCUCAGCGACGAGCGCGAGCAUCCGGAAUCAGGAAAGCAGGAGCAGGGACCACUGGAUCUUGCUCUUGCUGCACUGGCUCUGGACUCGAGCUCAGCUAGCGGCCACCGAGCGGUAACGAAAUUGGAUGCAUGCUUACAGGAAGCAGCUCCCGACGCUCCUUCAGAAUUGCUGUUGGCACGCGGAUUGCUCAACUGGCGCCUGGCGCGCUUUGAGCGCGCUCACGCGGACCUGCAAGAGGCAGCUCGAACCUCUACAUCCGCGGCACCCGCGUUGCUGGCUCUUCUUCUUUGCUGCUCUAGGUUUCCAGAUGCCCUGGCUCUUUGCGAUUCCUUGGGUGAGAAGGAUGUGCACACCCUCGUGGAACAGUGGCGGAGCGAGGCAGAGAAACUCUCAAACUUAUUCUUUCCGUGUUCUCGCGAGCCGUGUUCUAAGCCCAAAGAGAUCUUCGAUGGCAUACGACAGACAGACAUGUUGUUUCAUGCAACUGAUGGCACUGUCUUGGGAUUGCGCCUUCUUCUGCAGCAUGACAACGGCCAGCCCCGCUUGGACAGACCUUUGGUACUCGUUUUCCAUGGAGAGGAUGAGAACAUUGACAGCUUCUGUGAAGAGGGCAACUUUGAACCCUGGCGAGCCGCGAAAGUUAAUCUGUUGAUAGCUGACUUCCGCGGCUAUGGGUUUUCCUCGGGCACUGCCUCGCACUACAAUUUGCGAACCGAUGGCGAGCUGAUUUGUGACGCUCUUCCGAAGCUCCUCGGCGAAGUGGCCUGGCCCUGGCCCGGCGGUUUGGCGCUCUACGGACAUAGCCUGGGAUCUCGGGUGGCAUGCUACCUUGCGGCCGUGCGGAACAGUGCAUUCCCAAGCUUGGUGCUGGAGACAGGGUGGUGUGGCAGCUAUGCUCCGGGAGCCCAGCCGCUUCCAGAACCGCCACAGCACACAGCGCUGGCGACCAUGGGCUGCAACGCAGCCGGCGACAGCAGAUUUGGAAGUCGCGACUUGCACAUGGCUGCUGCGGCCAUUACAAGGAAAGCCCGGAAGCUCUUAGCAGCGCCUUUUGCAGGCAUUGGAGCGAACAUGUCAGCCACAGCUGUCGCAACAAACGUUGCCCACUUCUGCUUCAUGAAGGGCAACGAAGAUUUCAUCCAGGGCUUCGACGGUCGGGUGCUGAUACUGCACGGUGAUGUCGACCACGUGGUGCCGUCUGCACAUGCGCGGCGACUGCAUGCUGCCGUGUCGUCUGCGUCAAAGCGGCUGGUACUUGCGAAAGGCAAGCGCCAGGAUAGCCUACGCGGCAGCACGGAGUAUGCGGAAGCUCUUUAUGCCUUCUUCAACGAGGCAGACAAAAAGUGA